GCCAAGAAACAUGUUGCGCAUCAAGGUGACGCGGAUGCUUGCCGCCGCUCGCCGUAGCUCAGGGCGACAGACGCUACGCUCGAUGUCUACGAAUCGAGAAGUAGAUGACAAGGCUUUUCUUAAAAACAUUUCUCAAGAUCAAGCCAAGCGCGCACUGGAGCGCAGCGCAGCCAUCCGCGCCGAUCACAUCUCGGCAAAGGGCAAUUUCCCAGCGAGCAGCCAAGGCGACCAUGAUGUAGACUCGGACGAGGCCAAUCGCAAGCGCAUCAUCUACCGCAGCAAGCAGCGCGGCUGGCUGGAGGUGGAUCUUCUAUUGGGCCGCUGGGCUAGCCAGAAUGUCAUGCAACUCUCGAGCGACGAGCUGAAGCAAUACGAGGACAUUCUGAAUGAAGAGACCAUCGACAUCUUCAACUACAUCUCCGGUAAAAGCGCUGUCCCACAUAGACUUGACACGCCCAUGAUGAAGAGACUACAGGAAUACUGCCUCACGUCGCCACUCGGCAAGGCCUCAACCGAGGGUUUUGCCGAAAACAAAAAGUUCAUGAGCAACUAA